AUGAUCUCGGCAACCGCUUGGAUCGCACGCGGGCGGUCUGCGCGCCACCCCAAGCGCUACGACCUCGACGACGCAGAGCUCGAGCGCGUCAGCCGCAUGGCCAACGUCAACCUCGAGGACGCAAAGGCCCAGCUGCAAAAGGCCCAGGACGACAUCGCACGCGGAAAGGACCCCUACGCCACCGGCAACGGCCCCGAUGAGGAAUGGCAGGACGAUGACGAUGACGAGAAUGGCGACGACGACAACGACGACAACGAAGACGACGAGCAGAUGGACACGGCCGACGACGACAAGAAGCCAGAGGAUCCAGACGACCUGUCCAAGUACAAUCUCGACGAGUACGACGACGACGCGCCCGUCGGCACCGCCAUGGGCGCCUUCAGCAACAUCAAGGGUCUCCAGUUCUACCGUUCCAACGACGAGGACCCCUACAUCACCGUAAAGGACGGCGCAGACGCAGAGGACCACGACGACGACCGCCAGGAGCUCGAAGUCUACCCCUCCGACAACCUCGUCCUCACCGCCAAGACCGAGGACGACGUCUCGCAGCUCGAGGCCUACGUCUACGCCGCCAGCGACUCGAACCUCUACGUCCACCACGACCUCAUGCUCCCCUCGUUCCCGCUCUGCCUCGAGUGGCUCGACUACACCCCGGCCCCCUUUGACGCCGACCAGAACGGCGCCGCACCGGCGGGCACGCUGGGCAGCUUCGUCGCCGUCGGCACCAUGGACCCCGAGAUUGAGAUCUGGUCGAUGGAUACCGUCGAGGGCCUCUAUCCGGACGCCAUCCUGGGCCGCAAGGACCAGACGGCCGACCUGGGCCUGCCGCUGGGCACGGGCAAGAAGAAGAAGAAGCUCACCCGCUCGCGCAUCGCCAACGCAGAGUACCACGUCGACGCCGUCCUCUCGCUCUCGUGGAACCCGCUGGCGCGCAAUCUGCUCGCCUCGGCCUCGGCCGACACGACUGUCAAGCUGUGGGACCUCUCGCGGCCCAACACGGGAGAGGACUCGGUGGCGCUGCGCUCGUUUGACGCCCACACCGACAAGGUGCAGAGCGUGGCGUGGCACGCGGGAGCGCCCGGCGCCAGCGCGUGCGCCAACCCGGCCGUCCUGCUGACGGGCUCCUACGACAAGUCGAUCCGCAUCUUUGAUACCCGCACGCCCGACGUGGCCGUGUCGUGCCGGAUCGGCGCCGACGUCGAGGCGGUGCGCUGGAACGGCUGGGCGGAAAACGAGUUCAUGGUCUCGAUGGAGUCCGGCCUGGUGCAGGCGUUUGACGCGCGCGCGCUGCCCUCGUCGACGUCGAGCCUGGCCGAACAGGCAAAUGCCCCCGCCCUCUUCACCCUCUCGGCCCACGAUACGGCAUGCACGUCGCUCGACAUUUCGCCCCACAUUCCCGGCUGCAUCCUGACGGGCGGGAGCGACAAGACGGUCAAGAUCUGGAACAUUGAGAGCAGCGGCGGCAGCACAACGACGGCGGGUGCGGGAGCGGGGGCCGCGGGUGGCAAGAGCAUCAACCUGGUCACGUCGCGCGACCUGGGCGUGGGCAAGGUGUUUUCGGCCACCUUCUCGCCCGACGAUCCCAUGACGAUCGCCGCGGCGGGCAGCGCGGGCAAGCUGCAGAUCUGGAACGCGCUCAGCAACGUUGGCGUGCGCAAGACGUUUGGCGACCGGUUGCGCAGGCUGCAGGGGCAGUACAAGGUCGAUAUCGACGGCAACGAGCCGGCGCGCGGUGAUGGCGUCGUGGGCGUCGUCGAUGAUGAUGAUGACGACGAUGACGAGGGCGAGGAGAUGCAGGAGUGA